AUGACCGUGCUUAACAUCAGCAAACUCGGUUUCUAUGUUCUACUGCUGUCAGUUGCCCUCGCACAGGUCCCAGUGGUCUGUGUUGCAGAGAGCUUGAACAGCCUGGGUUCUGAUGUUUCUGAUGAUUUUAACAAGGAACCUGCGAAUCCUUCUAUUUGGCCUCUCUGA